GCGGCGCGCGGGGGCAUGCCGGCCACGGACGAGAACCGGGAGCGGGGCCGGGGCCGGGAGCGGGGCCCCUGCAGCCCCGCGCCCCGCGCGCCCCUGCGCGACCUGCCCCGCGGCUCCUCCGCGCUCACCCCGCUGCUCCGCCGCCUGCGCCUGAAGGACGACUGCGGCACCCCGCGCACGCCGGUGGCCCAGAAGCGGGGGGCGCUGGUCCUGGCCCCCAGCUCCGUGCCCGCGGCGGCCGGCGCCUGGUGGAGGACCAGCACGCCGGACACGUCCGGAUCCAGCGCCGAGGGCGAGUCUCCCGGCUGGCCCCGCAGCCCCGCACUGGGGCCGACCUGCCCGCACCCUGGGAGCGCGGCGAGGGGGGACGGCGCGGUGCGGACGGAGCCCCCGGCCCCAGCCUGCAGCCCCCCGCCUGCGCCGCGCUCCUCGGAGGGCUCCGCUCCAGGACACGUCCCCGGGAGCCCCCUGGGGAGCAGCCCCCAGGCCCUGCCAUCUGCAUCAGGCUCCCCGCAGCCCCCCGGCGGCUCGGAUGGCAACGCGGGCACCCCGUCUGCGCCAGGCGGCGACGGCGCCUUCCCCAGCCAGCCCUGCUCCCCGGAGCCGGGAGAGGCGUCCCCUGGGCCUGCCCUCGGGGCAGACGGCGGCGGUGCCUCCCCAGGGUGCUCACUGGAGGAAGCCCCUGCAGCCGCCCCGCCGUCCGGCCAAGGGCCCGGGUCUCCGGUGCUGUGGACCACCCCGCUGGCCUGGCUGGAGAGGAGCGUGGGCACCUCGGCCCUGCUGGAGUCCUGGCGGCAGAGCCUGUCGCUGCCCGCCCUGCAGCACGACGCCGGCACCAGCGUCACCCCGGUCUCGGCCACCUCCGCGGGCACCUCCAUGACCCCGCGGGCCCUGCUGGAGCGCGGCACCAACACCUCCGGGGCUGGGCCCCGCGGCGCCAAGGACAGCGCGGCUGAGACCGACUCUCUGCUCUGGCACUGUUUCCGAGAGCAGCUGAGCUCGCUGUCCCGGUCGGAGCUGGAGGGGCGGCUGGAGAGCACCCUCAUCAUCGUGGAGGUCCUCUCGUACCAGCUGCAGGGCUGGCAGCAGAGGCAGGGGUCGGUGCCUGGCGUGGGGCCGGCCGAGCAGCGAGAUGCACCCACGCAGACCGACCUUGCCCAUCCCGGAGCGGAGGAGCGGUUUUAUCAUGACCUGUAUCUGGAGUCCCGAGAGCGAGUCCAGACCCUGCAGCGGCAGCGGGAGAGCGAACGGGCCCUGCGGCAGGCCGUCCAGCAGGCCACAGGGGAGAUGCGAUCCUGGGCCCUGCAGUCGCGGGCUUUCCUGGACUUCGCAGCCACCUCCCUGCAGCAUGUGCAGACCGACCGGCGAGCCCUGGGCCAGGAGCGAGAGCAGCUGAGGGCCCUGGUGUCCCGGUGCUGGAGCUCGCUGGACAGGGUGGGGAGCAAGCUGCAGCGCUGCCUGGAGGAGCGGGACGAGGCGCGGCGCUGCCAGGGAGAGGCCCUGCAGGCCAAGCAGGCGGGAGAAGCAGUCCUGGAGGAGCUCCGCUGCCACGCCGGCGCCCGCAUCUGCUGCAGCGAGCAGGGGCUGGCGGCCCAGAGAGAGCUGUGCACCCUGCUGGAGGGGGCGCGCCAGCAGCAGGCAUCCUGGGCCCUGGAGUCAGAGUCAUUCCUGGAAUUUGCCACCGCCUCUCUCUUCAUGCUGCGGGAUGACCGGCGAGCCCUGGGCCAGGGGCAAGAGCAACUGAGGGCCCUGCUGUCCCGGGGCCGGAGCUCGCUGGAGGGGGUGGCGAGCAAGCUGCAGUGCUGCCUGGAGGAGCGGGAUGAGGCGCGGCGCCGUGAGGAAGAGGCCCUGCAGGCCACGACGGCGGUGUCCAGCAGGCUGGAGGAGGUGACGGGGCAGCGGGAGGCGGCGCUGGCCGCGCUGCAGGACUCGGUCGCUCAGGUGGAGCAGCUCACAACAGCCAACUCGCGUCUGGGCACAGAGCUGAGUGCCACGGUGCGGGAGCUGGCUGUGGUCGAGGUCGAGCGGGACCAGCUGCAGGAGGAAAAUGCCAGUUAUGCCCAGGAGACGGCGCGGCUGAGGCAGGAGAAAGAGGCCCUGCAGCAGGAGCGUGACAGGCUGCGCCAGGAGCUGUGGGAGAUGACCGAGUGCCACGAGUUCAUCGACCAGGAGAACCGCGUGUCCCGCGCCCAGCUGCUGGAGACGGAGCACAAACUGAAGUCCACGCUGGCCACCCUGCGGGAGCGCAGCAUGCAGCACGAGGAGCUGCAGGACGCCCACCACGGCCUCAAGAUGGAGGAGAGCGCCCUGCGCCAGGAGCUGAAGGCCUGCCAGGCGCAGCUCCAGGACCUGCAGCUCAAGAGGGACGAGGUCCUGAAGGCCUCGUUGGAGAUCGCCCGGGGCACUGACCAGCUGCUGGGCCUUGCCAGGGCGCUGCGUGCUGCCCCGCAGGAGGAGGCUGACGGGACCUUGUCUUGGAGCAGAGCCUGCACCCCCGCCCGCCAGACCCCGCACCGCCUACAUACCUCCUUCGUGGGCAGCGUCCUAAAAGCUAUGGCAGGGAAAGACCCCGAGGGUGAUGGCAUUGGAGUCGGGAGCGCAUUUGCCAAGGUCGAGCCAGCAGCUCCUCAGAAGCCAGCAGAGGCGGAGGCGAGCCUGCUGGAGUGCGUGCAGGAGCUGAGGGACGCCAUUGCGGACCUCGUUGCCGCGAGCACCCUGGCACAGGAGGCAGAGCAGGAGAGAGCUCAGGCGCUGCAGGCAGAGAUCGUGGACCUGAAGCAGCAGCUGGAGACCCUGGGGGCCGAACUGGAUGCCCGCGACGCCAGCAUCGCCAAGCUGAACAAGGCGCUGAGAGUCAAGUUACAGAGCGAGAAGGAGCUGCAGGACGUGGUGCAGCAGCAGGAGGAGAAGAUGUUGCAGCUCAUUGACAGGAGUGGCGAGGUCACGAGCCUGAAGACGGAGGUGUCUCAGCUGCAGCGGGCACUGCAGCGGGCCGAGACAGAGGCCAAGGUGCUGUGGGAGGAGGUGAGGGACCAGCAGCUGCCUGCGGACACUAGCAACGUCCAGGAGAAGGUCUGGUUGCGGCAGGAGGUGAACAAGCUGCGGGAGCUGCUCCUGGAGAAGGGGAACGAGAUCUCGCUGCUCUCCAGCAAGUACCUAGAGCAGAGGCGGAUCCUUGAGGGGAGGCUCCAUCAGGUGCAGAAGGUGCUGAAGAGCCAGGAGGAGACGGAGGUGAAGGUCAAGGAGGCAUUGUCGUCCAUUCCCGACGUGGUGGCCACGAGCUCCCAGGAGCUGCAGAACGUGCUCCGGUACCUGGGGCUGAAGCCGGCGGACGGCAGCGGGUGCCCAGCAGCCGUCCUGUAGCUCAUCGUGCCCAGCGCUCUCUGCGGCCACCUGCCCUGCGCCCAGCCCAGCCCAGCCGGUUACUGGUCCUGCCCGUGUGUUGCGCGCGGUGGAGGUGGAACUGUACAGUGUUGUAUCAUAAAUCUGUUUAUUCAAUAAAGUGUCAUGCCUGGA